CACUCAGUCUAUCAAUGCCAAAUGCUCACUGUGCACUGGUCCUCCUUGAGAUAUUGACAGCUGACUGCUGGUACCCUUUGGAAAUCUGUUGUUGCAGUUGAGUGCUCUUUUAAAUAUUAAUGAGCCGGACCUCCCAAAACUUUUACUGAAAGUCGCAUGAUGUGGAUUAAUGUGAAAACACUUCCUUGAGUGGUUAGUAAAAAAAAAAUAAAAAAUCGUGAGAACACAUUGAGGAAUCGAGCGUAUGGAUUACAAGUGAAGUCAGCGCUGGUUGCUCCGUGUCUCAAGGGAAGACAUUUGAGAAGAGGCGACAUCAGAGUUGGAUUGAUGCAAAGUUUGUCUGAAGUCCUGGAGGUUUCUCUCAGGAAUAUGGGAUAUUCUGAAUUAAUGGUUUAUGAGUAUAAAACCCCAUCUCUUAUGGCUUUAAUGCGUUUUCACAAGUGUCAUCCUUACUUUCAGUCCGAAACACAGCUACUGGAAGUCUUGUGACGGCUGCUGGAAACAGUGGAUACUUGUCUGGAGCAAUUCUGCUGGAUCUAUUGAAUUAACUUUGGAAUUUCUCUGCCCGAUGACAUUUCCAAAGUUGUUAGUUGGUUCCUUUUUGCAGCGUCUCCUCAUUUUAUUAGUUUCGUUUACCGAGUCAUUAACUUAACAGGUCUAGACCAAAGCCUGAGGUAUUUUAGUCGCAGAGGUUUGUGACAGCAUGCGGGGAUGCACGGGAUUCCCGAUGGCCGUCUCGGUGGUAUUGACACUUUUGACCAUCAUUAACGUGAAGGCGAGCGGAGAAUACUGUCACGGUUUUCAUGACGCUCAGGACGCGUGGAGAGACGGCUUUCAGUGUCCGGAGCGCUUCGAUAGCGCCGAGGCCAUCAUCUGCUGCGGGAAAUGCGAGCUCAGAUACUGCUGCUCCAGCUCAGAAGCUCGCCUGGACCAGGGCACAUGUGAUAACGACAAGCAGACACAAGACACCAACACCGGGAACAAGGACGAGAAAAAUUCUGGUGCAGUACCCAUCUACGUGCCCUUCCUGAUCGUCGGUUCGGUCUUCGUUGCAUUCGUGCUGGUGGGCUCCGUUGUUGCCGUGUGCUGUUGCCGCUGUCUCCGUCCCAAACAGGAGCCUUCAUCAGGCGGUGGCUCAGGAGGAGGGUCCAGCAGCGCCCGCAUCCUCGAGACGAUUCCCAUGAUGGCCAGCACAGGUACUUCGCGAGGCUCGUCCUCCCGCCAAUCAAGCACGGCCACCUCCUCCAGCUCUUCAGCUCCACCCGCUGCUCCCCGUCCCGCACCUGCCCCUCUGCUCCGUGCCCAGGCCUCGUGCUGCCUUCCACCGGACGCCAGCGUCUAUGUAAACAUGCCUACCAACUUCUCAGUGCUUAACUGCCAGCAAGCCACUCAAAUUCUUCCUCACCAAGGCCAAUUCCUACAUCCUCAAUACAUCGGUUUCGCUCACCCUAUGACUCCAGCUCCUGCCUUCCUAGAUCCCGCUCAUGCGGGCUACCGCCCAUUGCAGUCUCCAUACCCUCCACCAACCAGCGUGGCUAGUGUGGCCAGUGUGACGGGGGAUCAGAAAUACCCUCCGGUUACCAUGUGAAUGCAAAUGGGACCAUCAUAGGAUGCAAGUCUGAAUUGAAAUCA